GGGCAACCAGGUGGCCACCAUGACCAUCAUGGAGAUCUCAAUGCUCACCGGCUUCCACCCCAACGAGGAUGACCUCAAACAGCUCACCAGCGAGUGGAGAUGUAUGCGUUCCAGUAUGAGACCAAGGCCAGUUCCAGUAUCAGCUCCGUCGUUCUCUACUGGAAAAGGUGAGGCCGAAGGCAGCGACCCCACAGGGAGACUCCUGGCUGGGGUCUGCAGAGAGCCACUCCCUCUGGUCCGGUUGCCUGUAGUCAAGGCCACGUGGUCAGUGGCUAUGAGCAAUGGUCGGCACCACGAGGUCAGUGCCGCGUGGUCAUUCGGCUGGACUCUCCCCACCUGGCCCCACCUCCCGCCACCGGCACAGCUCUCCCACAGGGAAGGCACGGUGCUGGGCUUCCGGGUCCACACGAUGCUGCAGACCGACCUCCUGCAGGCCGCGCUGGUCACCGGCUACAACUACUCCCAGAGGUGCAGCGCCUUCUACCACCUGCCUCCCCGCCGGCCUCCCUGCGAAGGAUCUGCCACCUCGACGUCUGCAGAGGUGCCGAAGGUGCGCGGGCGGGAGCGCUGGGCCGCGGGGCUCGGGGUCCCCGGCUCUGGGCGGGGUGUCGCACACAAACAGGUAAAGGCCCAAGAGCACGGGACGGGCAGAGGCCAGAGGAGACCCGGGGCCCGCCAGGCGUGGCCAUAGCCCUGGGGUGGGGGGAAUAAAAGUGGCAAAGAAAAACGACAAAAAGAAAGCAAGAUGGACAGAGAGGGACGGAAAGAAGGAAGCAGGAGGAGGAGGACCGAUGGGGAGGCCCUGCGGCUCCCGAAGCCCAGACCCAGAGCAGCCCGCCCCCGAGGAAGGACGGAGGGAGGCUGAGGCAGGAGGAGCUCCAGGCGGCCGCGUGCGAGGCGGUCGUGGACUUCGUGUAUAAGGCCAAGCUGGAGGCCGUGGAGGCCGCUGGGUCGAGCCCUUACCUCUACUACCACAUGCAGCUGCAGGCCGUCAUCAAGAGCGGCCCGGACCCUGCUCUGCCCCUCAGAGUGAAGAAAUUUGUCACCCAGGCCACCUGCUAUGACUCCUUGGGGUUGCGAGAACAGGGGUCUUACGUCAUCCUGGGCCAGACGUCAGACCUGUGGAGAGUCAAGUCUGGGUGGUAGGAGACUCGGUGGCCCAGGGACUCAGGCCGAGAUGCCCCGCCCCCACUCCAGCCUGCCCUGGGUUUCCCCAUUUCUGCUGGAUGUCAGCAGGAGGUCUGGGACGGGAGGGCCACCCUGAACCUAGUGCAGGUCUCGCACUGAGUGACUUCAGGAAAGCUCAUUCACAAGAGGACCGCGUGACCAUGACCUCUGUUUCCCCGGGAGGGCAGAGAAGGGCCAGAGGGCCGGGCACUGUGUGGCCUUGUUUUCCUAAUCCUCAGUCAUAUGGGAAAAGGCUGGAGAUCCGGAGCUGAGACCCUCGAAGGCUGCCAACCAUGGCAGAAGGAAAAGGGGGGGAGGUCCCCAACCCCCAGGACACCAGACUCUCCUUACGGGUCUUGCUGUCCCCGACAGAUACAGCUAAGCGCCGGGCAAAAAGACGUUCCUCAUGCUUUGGCCAAGCCAUGGGGACAGGGGCAAGAAGGACUUGCUAGCACAGUGGAGGGGUUCUCAGAACACCUGAGCGCCCACGGCUGUGAUCCUGAGGCCCAAAGGCCUCUGCUGCUCCCGGGAAGGUGUCUCUAAGAAACUUUGGGUCACAGGGUUCAGCCCCAAAUAAAGAGCACCAAGUUCAGUAUGCAGA